GUGUGAGGAUACCCUAUGGUGGGGAUAAGUCCUGUUUAGGCGAGCCUAGGGGGAACAGAGAUAGGAAUGUCUGCCAGGUCUAGAAUAUCGAGGGUAGAAGUGGUUGGCGCGAUAAGAUCGGCUGAAAUUGGAUUGCUGAGAGGAACCCUUGCGUCCCAUCGUCUUUGUAACAGGAAGGUUGGACUUCAGGGCAUUCAGCCCGAGAUGCCAGAAGCUAUGGCGGACGGCGGGAGAAAGCUCCUAACGAUCGACGACCUUGUUGAGGCCCUGGAUAAGCACGAGAGAGCACCGAGCAAUGUCCCGAAGGUUGAUACCUUCCACUUCAAAGGAGAACGGGUGUUCGACUGGCUGGACCUGACGGAGGAAGCCUUAGUAGGGUUGUCGGACGAGGUCAAGCUCCAGCGAGUCCUGAGAUAUGUCCUUCAUAGCCACCAUCACGAAGUGGGCAAGGUCGUGGAGGGCGCCAAUGGUAGUUGGGCAAGGUUCAGGGACAUGAUGCAGAGAAAGUACAGGUUGGGGGAUGGCUUGCUAACCACGGUGGAUUUGGAGGCCAUGAAUAAGGAUGACUUCUCUACAAUUGGGGCGUUUGUGCACGAGUUUAAAAGGAGGGCGCGGAAGGUGCACGGGAUCGCUGAAGAAACGCAGUGUGCCAUAUUUUUGGGUUUGCUUAUUGGCUCGGAGGCCUCGGAGUUGACGGGUCAUGGAGGGGGAAGUGAGAAACUCACCUGGGCCACUAUUGAUAAAGAGGUGGAGGAGGGGAGCCUGGACCAGGUGGAGCAACAUCAGGUGCGGCUGCAAAGGCGCAAGAGAAAGGAAAGAGACCGCCGCGUCCAGGACCCCAGGGGUGAAGAGGAUCGUUAUGGACGUAUUGGCAGAGGCGGUCGCUGGGUACAUGCGCAGGGUAGCGCAGAGCUAAGGAGCGAAGAGGUAGCGGGCAGCGAGGUAGCGGGCACUGCACAGUUGGCUGCGGUCGAAAAGAACCAGAAAUGCAAUGGGAUGGUGGACACGGGCGCAGAGAUGAACAUCAUCAGGGAGAAGGAGGCGGUGAUGAUAGGCAUGGAGAUCGACCACUCGGACCAUGGCAUGUUGCUCGGCGCUAACUGCAAGGCUGCCUUUUGCGGCACAGCGUCAAAUACGGAAAUGUUGAUUUUCAACAAGCAUGACGGAACAAUGAUCUUGCUCCUGUGCAACCCGGCGUGUGGGAAUCAUGAAGUUAUCACCUGCCGGAACACAGGGCCGGGGAGCGGGAGGAAUAGGCCCAAUCUAGGCUUGUUCACCUUUGAGGAAUCAGAGAGCGAGCGGAGACGGCUUUGGGAAGUGUCUGAGGAGGAAGGUAGGGCUGAGGUGCUGACAUUGAGCCUCACGGAUGUGAAUAAGGCCAUGGAGGUGGUAUCGGCUCAUGACAUGGCGGACCCGGAGGCCAUUAAGGCAUUGAGGGAACAGGUUUUGGAGAACCCUCAGUUGCGUCAGUCACCCCAUAUGGCUGGCACCAAAGGAGUACGAGCAGAAGGAAGAGUUAGUCCUCAGCCCUUUGAGGAGGAGGAUCCGUGUGGAAGUAAGGAUGUUGGUUGGAUGAUGAAGUUGGCGUUGGCAGGUACGCAAAGUCUGGUGGAGGAAGUGAGGACAAUAGAGGAAGGUCCCACUCAGGUAGAGGAGCAUGAGCAGCUAAUGGGAGGGAUGUACCUGCUCACCAAUACGCUCCUGCAAGGGGACUUCGACCGGAAGGGCUCGUUCAGUCACGAGGAGAAUGAGAUUCUGAUUCCUGAAAGCCGAGAUAACGAAUUCGAGAAAGGAGAAAUCAAGGAGGCGUUUCGAGCGAAGGAGUACAAUGGGACCUACCGGGAAUUGGGGUUACUCCUAUCAUGUGAGAUGAGUGAUAGAGAUGCAAGUGCCAAGGCACAAAAGAUGAGACACCUCUAUGUGGUAAGAGACGGCCACUUGUUUAUAAAGCGGCAGGUCGGGAACCCCAUGAGGAUCGUAUGUGGGAGAAACCGGCAAAUUGACAUCAUAGCGGCCGUACACGAUGGUAUAGCAGGGGGGCACAGAGGGGUAAGUGCCACAUGCGCGAAGAUAAGCGAGCUCUACCAUUGGGACGGGAUGCUGACGAUGGUUAUCAAAUAUUGUCGGUCCUGUAUACCUUGUCAAGAGAGGUCAGCGCAAAGGCCUGGAGAACCCCUACACCCGAGGUUAGAAAGGGAAGUGGGUGCGGUCGUACACCUGAACCUGUUAUUCAUGCCAGCAGGGGAAAAUGGGUGUAACUACAUCUUCGAUGCACGGGAUAACCUUAUUGGGUUUGUGGACGGACGAGCUAUCCGGAUAAAGACUGGCCCGGUCUUGGCAAACUGCAUCGAGGAGUAUUACCUGCGAUACCCUUUCGUCAGGGAGUUCGUGAUGGAUCGAGGAUCAGAGUUUACUUGCAAUGAGGCAUAUGCGACACGGGAGGGCUGGUCUACCUUGGAGAGAAUACGACACCUGAGGGGAGUUGGGCGCUUCGAGGAGCCUAUUGCGCACAUUCGAGAGGAGGCGUUGACAUGGCAGGAUGUGGAGGCGAGGAUGCAGAUGUUGAGGGCUUCGUCGAUGGGACCGGAUGGGUUGCCUAUUCGAUUGGAGGAAAGCAACGCGGAGGAGUUCAUCCCUGCCUAUGAGCAGUAUAUGCGCGACCAGGGGACUGGGCAGGAGGAGUGGAUGCAGAUGCUGCCCCUCUGGACACGGAGGGUGGAGAGGUCGUUGGCGAGGCAGAUCCGGGACAGGGAACACAACUGGGAGGACUGCCAGGCCCAGUUGAGACAGGCAUUUCGACGACUGGAGCCCGAGAAACCAAAGCCCAGGGUGGAGAGACGACAAAGGAGUAAGAGGCCACGGGGCCCAGAGGCGAGAGGGACCAGUACGACCAGAGGGGGCCGAAAGGCCUUGGCACAGCGAGAGGGGCUAGCAGAGGCCGCCCAGGCAAUGGAGCCAGUUCAGGCCGCAGGGCCAGCUCAGGCGGCGGAGCUACCCCCUACCUAUGGACUCGAGCAGGUGGAGUUUCGCCGAAUCACGGGUAGUGAUCUACGGGGCCCGUCGCCGACGUUACCAGAGGGGGGGGAGGCGGUGCCGCUGAGGACGCCACUCGACAGGUUGGAGGCUAAUCUCGAUGCGUCCCAGUGGGGGGUGUCACAGCUAGGAGCGGACCAGAGAGGACCGGCACGGUAUGAGCCAGUAGAGGAGGAGCCACCUGAGCCGGGGCCCGAGGCGGGGGCUCGCGAACCCGAGGGACCGCAAGCUGAGGGGGUUAUCACCGUUGGGGAUGAUACCACUCCUCCUACCCCGAUUCCAGAACAGGCACGACAGUAUUGGCCUGAAGGGAUCCCUGAGCCGAAUAGCGAGGAGUUGUUGGGGCCCCCACUGGAGGCUACUACGCCGCCCCCGACGCGGGCUGAGCCAGAGAGGGGCGAGAGGGCGAGGACACCUACCAUUGUGGCGCCACAGCUAAUUGAGUCUACAGGCACACGCAUGGAUGUGGAGGUGCCGACAUCUGGGGAGCCUCCGCUAGGACCGCCACCCACUGACGAGGGGACAAGUGAGAAAGAUCCACUGCGUACGGGCCACGAGGCGAGGACAGAUAGGCCACCGGAGGAGACGAAAGAAGAGAAGCGCGCAAGGGUGCAGAUACGCCUCGAGGAGCUAUACCAGGAAAAACUUAGGAUGGAGGCUGCAGGAGAAUCGUCGAAACCGCCAAUUGACCCUCCGACGAGCGAGCAGAGGAUUAGCGAGGCCUGGACCAGCUAUGAGGGUGAGAGGGAUGCUGUUCGCCUGAGGUCACAGGAGGUGGGACAAAAGAAUGCGAGGGUGGGCAAGGCACGAGAAACAGAGGACUUGGGAUUUUCGGCCGCCAGGAUGGAGAUUAAGCGUACAGACAGGAGGAUAGGUGAGGUGGCAAUCUCGUCCUUCCAUCGGUACUCCAUGCUCAACGAUGAGUUGGCGGCCUCGAGAUUAGAGGUGGGACAGUUGUCCAGCCAACUGGCAGAAGAGAGGGCAGAGAACCAGGCAUGGAGGACCCGCAUGGAAGCCAAGGAGGCGGAGUAGGAGAAGAGGCUUCAGGACAUGGUAGCGAUAGUAGAAAGGCUCUCGGCCACUAAGGUGGUAGCAGAGCCGGUAUGGUAUCCAGGGAAUGGAGGUACAGGGGCUCUUUGACCAG